AUACACACACACACACACAUACACACACACACCGAGAGAAUAAUAUGAUAAACGUCUGUUCUAAAAACAUGAAGAAAUCUAAUCUAUGAAAGAGAACUCGAAGUUCUUAACAACAUGCGAGGAUAGAAAAUGUGUUGCAAAUAAUUUUAGGUUAAUAUAUUUUAAUCUUAUGGAAAUCAUAAAUACGUAUACUUUGGAAUCAUAAAGGGAAAGCUUGCAACAAGAAUUUGAAAUUUACUGUUAUAUCUCUAAAUCGCAUUCGCCAUAUAAAAUCAACUAUAUUACAGUUGUAUUCUAAAAGACCAAUGUACACAAAUAACAUCGCGUUUUUUAACAUUAGUUUCACGUUAAGCUUUCACAUAAAUUACGUCACAUAUAAACGCAUAUAUUUUCGAAGUGACGGUAAGAUUUAUCUCUUGCCGAAUUUUUGCACUUUAAAUAUUCUCUUAGAGGGAUUCUGCCCUUGAUGUAUGCGCAGAUUUGGCAAUCACCUUGAUGUUUAUGUAUUUCCAAUAGAAAACAAAUUCUUUGAUGCAUUUUCUUAAUCACACGCGAAAAUUUUUUCAACAGUAUUUUCGGAUAUGUGAUUUAAGAAGACGAGUGACUGGGGACCAGAAUGAGUACUCCAAUUUACUCUAAAAUAACUCGAUAGAAGCAAAAAUAUCUAAAAGUAGAUUCUGAAACUUCUUAAAAUCCUUAUCGAUUGUUGCCUUGCAUUUUCGAUAUAUUCAAGAGCAAAUACGAGUCGCUCAAACUGGCCCUUGAAUUCCACUUACGUGGAAGUUCAUGUUGAAAUAACACUUAGAGAUCGAGUGUAAAUACGAAUGUAAUUAAAUUUCGAGGGCCGACGGUAUAAUAUUUAUUAUAAAACAAUAGUAAUCGUGAUUGUGUUAUUUAUUAAUUACUGCUUAAGUCUAUUGUUCGUAGAACUCUGUAACGUUGGACGGAUAAAGGCAUUGAAUUUGUAAAUAAAACCUUCCUAUGAGACACACAGAAUCUUUAGUGAAACUCACUCGAGUGAAUUUGUUUGAAAUUCAAAUAUUAUCCCGCCAAAUAUGACGAUUCAAUAUGGUCGUCGAUUGAAACGUAGAAUCAUUGUACACUCGAAGAAAUGCCUUGAAUUUGAAUUUGUAAUUAUAAUUAUGCGAGUUCUAUAUUAAUUUUAUAAACUUGUAUUAUUUGGAAGUGCAAUAAAUUGAUUUGUCUGCCUUAUUCAAUAAAAUUAUUGUUAAGAAAGCAGACGAAGCGAUUGUACAUUCAAUUGGGACGAUUACUCGUUGAUAUUAAAUGGAUUUUUUUCGUUAUUAACUAUCUGUAACAGAGAGUUAGAUUAAAAUGAAUGUUAUACGUAAUGAUAAUGCGGCUUCGUUAAGAGGACGAACUAGAGGUAGAGGACGAGGAAAAUUAAGAGAAAUAAUAACAAAUGUUUUACCAAAAUAUCGCUUUGAUUUUGGAAUUCGAAAGCCAUUGGUCGAUCUAUGCCCCACGAAUUCAAAUAUUUUGAAAACUACAACGCAUCGCACGCUAAAAAGUGCAUCCACGUCGUCUUUUCUUCCAAGUUCGACUCGCAAAGGAAGUUUAGGAUCAAAUGCCACGAGAACACCAGGAAGUAACACAUCCACGGAAUCUUGCGUGAUACUCGCAAUAACAUCCGGUCGUGGCGAAGCAAGAGGAGAAGUUGGAAUAGCUGCGAUAGAUAUUCAUCAUUCUCAUUUAAUUCUUUGUCAAAUGAGCGAUUAUCAGACAUAUAUCAAUACCUUGACAAAAAUUUACAUAUUUAAUCCAGUGGAGAUUCUGAUGCCUGACACUAUUUGCAAUGAAAGAAGAAACAGAAAUAAACUGUAUUGUUCUGUCAAAGAGAAAUUUCCUAAUCUAUGUAUCACUCCAGUAUCGAGAAUUCAUUUUAAUGAGUCUAUCGGAUUGGAACGUGUAAAAACUCAUUGUGCGAAAGAAUACUCGACAGUAGAAUUAUUUUUGAAACAAAAAUAUUACGCGUUAGCAUCAGCAUCAGCUUUAUUGAAGUAUAUAGAAUUUAUUCAACAUAUCGUUUAUGCACCAAAAUCGAUCAGAAUUGAGUUUCAAGGCUCACCCAAUACCACUGUUAUAGACAUAGAAAGUGCACAAAGUUUAGAAUUAGUUGUGUCUCAAUGUGGUCAACCAAAUGCUAGCCUUUUGAAUUCUAUGGACCAUUGCGUUACACCAAUGGGUAGAAGACUUUUAAGAGCAUCUAUUUUACAACCUCUUUGCGACGAAAAAAUAAUAAUAGAACGUCAAAGUAGCGUUACUGAAUUAAUGUCGAAUCGUUCAUUAUGCAAUCUUGUACAGCCUUUUGUAAGAAGAUUGUAUGGCGCGGAUCGUCUUUUAAGUCUUUCUAUGAUGACUUCACAAAACAAUACUGUACAAAAUGCAGAGAGAAAUUUAAAUUACGUGCUUCUGUUAAAAAAUUCUCUUGACAUUGUGCCAGAAUUGCGAGAAGCACUUGAAAGUGGUCAAGCUCUAUUUUUUACUAAAGUUCGAAAAAAUUUAGAGAAUUCACAAUUUGAAAUAAUGAAAAAUAAAAUUCUAGAAAUAAUACAUCCUGAUGCAAAAUCUCUAGUAGGAUAUACAUCAUCGAACAUGCAACGAUGUUUUGCUAUUAAACCUGGCAUUAAUGAUUUAUUGGAUAUUGCUCGACAAACAUAUUGCGAACUUAUAAGUGAUAUGAAAACUUUGGUGGAAAACUUAGCGAUACAAUAUAAAAUGAAUUUAUCACUAGAAUGCAAUUCAUCCUUAGGAUUUUAUAUUUUAGCAGAAAUAUCUCGUCAUUCAGAUUUCCAACCCUCUGAUUUACCAUCAGAUUUCGUUCAAGUACAAAAAAAUAAAAACACCUAUUCUAUGACGACAAACAAAUUAUUAGUAUUGAGUCAUCAGUGUAAAAUUGCUUGUGAAGAUCUUCAUAUAAUGAGCAACACAAUUUUAAAUGAUUUGCUUGUAAACAUUCGCGAACACAUCGGCUGUCUUUAUCAACUAAGUGCUGAUGUUGCAGAAUUAGAUUUAAUAAUCUCUUUGGCUUGUAUCAGUUCAUCUCCUGAAUAUGUACAACCAAUCUUUGGACCAAGAUUAGAACUUAUAGAUUCAUUACAUCCUAUAAUGGGAAUAUUCGGAACAGAACGACCUGUACCCAAUGAUGUGAAAGCAUCAAUACCUUACAAUCAUCAUACCAUAAUUGGACCUAACAUGAGUGGUAAAUCAAUUUACUUGAAACAAAUAGUUUUAUUACAUAUUAUGGCACAGAUUGGUUGCUACGUUCCAGCAAGAAAAGCGGAAUUCAGAAUUACCGAUCGUAUAUUUUGUAGAAUAUGUUUUCGCGAUGACAUAGAAUGUAAUGCUUCCACCUUCGUUGUUGAGAUGAAAGAAACACAAUACAUUCUACAAUCAAUUACACCUAAAUCAUUAGUGAUCUUAGACGAGCUUUGUAGAGGUACCACUGUUGAAGAAGGUUCAUCUAUUACAUGGGCAAUAUGCGAAAGACUAUUGAUUACCACCGCGUUUACUUUCAGUGCGACACAUUUUCGUUACCUCACCAAAUUAGCUGAAAUAUAUUAUAAUGUUACAAACCAUUGUUUCAAAACUGAAACUAAAUAUAUAGAAGGUUUAAACGAAGCUAGAUUAAUAUAUACACACAAACUAAUGGUAGGUGUAACUCCCAUUGAUAAUUAUGGUAUUGCAUUAGCCGAAGUAUCAGGUCUUCCGGUUUCUAUUACUACCAAAGCUCGAGAAUAUGCAAAAAAAGAAGUUACAAUAAUGAAAAAAGAUGAUUAUUUUAUGGAACCGAAUUCAUGGGAGAAGACAUGUUAUAAUCGUGUUGCAGAAAUAUAUAAACUCAUAGAAAAUAAUGAAUUCAAUCGUAAAAAUAUUGUUAGUCUUAUACAUGAACUUGAUGUUUGUAAAACAGACGAAUUUAGAAAAAUGCAACAAGAAGACAAAGAUUUGUGUAAAGCUUUGGAAAGUUUUGAAUCAGUUCAAACAUCUAAUUUAAAUUGGCACAAUAUGGAGCUCUCUCCUACAAAUCGAGUAAAUGAUAUAGCAACUUACUUUGACGUUAAUACAAAUUUUAUGAUGGAAAUAAAUCUGAGAAAAGAAGCAAAUAUAGUGCAGAAUUCAAAUAAACAAUUUGGAGAUAUCACUGAUAAAAAUCGAAAAGAAACAUUUGCAGGACAAUCUUGGUUCAGAAAAAAUACUGAUUUAAGUACAAUUAAACAAAAUCCGAGCUAUGUUACACGCUCGACACAUAUGUCUCCUUUCAAAAUUAAUGAAGCCGGUCGCAAAUUAACAACAUUGAUAAAUACAACUUCUAAAUUAUUGUUUAACUCAGAUGAAUCGUCAAAAAAGCAAACAGAUUCAAAUACUUCUAAAACCUCUUUACGAAUUGAACAAUCGAAUAACGUCGAUAAGAAAGAUUCCUUAUCUAUUCAAACUAUAUCAAUGAUGUCCCCAUCAAUUUCUUUCAGAUCUUCACAAGUUUCUCAACUUCAUAAAUAUUCUUUAAUGGAAUCAGAUUUUGAUCCUUCUUUAUCAAGAGCGUCUAUCCUAACAGAUAUAGCAGGAAUUAAUACUUAUGAUAAACAGCUAAAUAUUUUUAAAAACAGUGAAAAUAACAAAUGUGAAAAAUUAGAAUUUUCCUAAUAAAAUAAAU